AUGUCCGAGAACGACCAGACCGCCGAGAGCGCUGCUCGGGGGCGCGGCACCCUCUUCGUGAACGGCAUGGUGCCCGAGUCGUGGCACGCCGACGCUGCAGGGCACGCCCAGAAGACACUGCUAAUUGUGACGGGCAUCGCCGGCGCAGGAGCCUCUGUGAUGCUCAACGGACUCACCUCGCUCAAGCCAGCCACAGCACUCAUCCGCGUGACCACCGCCGCGCUGCUCCUCAGCAGCGCGGCCGCAUCUCCUCUCGCCUGCGACUUUGAGGUCGAUACCUGUGCCUGGGUCGACAGUGCGCCGGAUGGCUACCCUUGGACCCGCACGAGUGGCGGCACGCCAUUGAGUGGAGGAGGCCCGAGCGGCGACCACACCACCGGCUCGGGCUCCUACAUCUACACCGAGGCCUCUGGCCGCCCCAACGAGCUGCACCGGCUCGAGAGCCCGCGAUUUUCGCUCCAGCAGGACGCCACCCUCUCCUUCUUCUACCACAUGCGAGGCUCAGACAUGGGCACUCUCUCCUUCGAGGCCUACGACAGCGAGACGGGCUGGUCGACGCUCUGGAGCAGGACUGGCAACCAGGGCAAUAGCUGGCUCGACGCGGCGGUCGUCCUGCCCGACUCGACAACACAGGUGCGCUUCAACGGCAAGACGGGGUCCUACGUCAUUGCGCUGGACGACGUCUCGUUCUCGCACUCGUUUGCCCAGAGGGCUUUUACGAUUCGACCGCUGGCAGCGCCAACAAUUGGGGCUGCGCUUGCAGUUGUCCAGGCGUCUCCUCUCACCUGCGACUUCGAGGUCGACGCUUGCGCUUGGACCGACACCGCGCCGGACGGGUACCCUUGGACCCGCACGAGUGGCAGCCCGCCAUCAAGUCCAGACACAGGCCCGAGCGGCGACCACACCACCGGCUCGGGCUAUUACCUCUUCACCGAGGCGAGCAGCCCUCGCUUCAGCAAGCUGCACCGGCUCGAGAGCCCGCUCUUCUCGCUCGAGCGGGACGCUACCCUCUCCUUCUUCUACCACAUGCUCGGCUCGCAAAUGGGCACCCUCUCCGUCGAAGCCAACGACGACGAGACGGGCUGGUCGACGCUCUGGAGCAGGACCGGCAACCAGGGCGAUAGCUGGCUCGACGCGGCGGUCGUUCUGCCCGCCUCGACGACGCGGGUGCGCUUCAACGGCCGGACGGGGUCGGGCUUCACGUCGGACAUGGCGCUGGACGACGUCUCCUUCUCGCAGUUUGUCUCCUUCUCGCCCUCCUCGCCGCAGCUGCCGUCGCCACCGCCGGUCUCCCCCGGCUUUGAUGUUGCCGUGGCGAGCGAGACAAAGCUCCGCUCCCUGAUCGAGGGGGCAGCUGCCGACGUCUCAAUCUACUUGCCGCCCAGCGAGGUCGAGAUCAUCGACUCGACGGUCAGAGACUGCUCGGCUGGCAAUUCCGGCGGCGUCGUCUACGCAUCUUCCGGCGGUACGGUCUCGAUCAUCGGCUCGACCGUGACGGGCUGUUCUGCUGCUGAUUACGGCGGCGUCGUCUACGCGAGUUACAACGAGCUCUCCUUUGAUUCGCCCGGCAAGAUCGCGGGUGUCGACUUCAUCAACAACAGCGCGGGCAGGUCAGGCUCGGUGCUGUACCUGGACAACAUGGAUCAAACCUCCAUCAGCGACGCCUCCUUCACCGGCAACAACGGCAUCACGAUACUGGCAAUCAAGUCGCCGAUAAUCUGGGCCUGCCGCUUGGGCCGCUGGAUGCCGAGCGAGGGCGCCUUUAAGGGCGACUUCAGCGCCCCCGAGUGCAACCCUUGCUCCGCUGGCUACUACGGGGCAAGGAGCGACCUCACCAACUCCUCCUGCAGCGGCCA